CGUUUUCUAGUCAGGCAGUAAUUACCGUCGCCUAAAGGGUCCUUGCGAUGUCAUAUCCCGGCGUGCUUUGCGGCCGCUCUCCCUUUCGCCGCCAUCUUGGGUCGGAGGCGCGGGGGCCUGCUGGGAGCAGGACUUCAGGACGACACCAUGUCUGGGAGACUGUGGUCCAAAGCCAUUUUUGCUGGCUAUAAGCGUGGCCUCCGAAACCAGAGGGAGCACACUGCCCUUCUGAAAAUUGACGGAGUUUAUGCCCGUGAUGAGACUGAAUUCUACUUGGGCAAGAGAUGCGCCUAUGUAUACAAAGCUAAAAACAACACCGUGACUCCUGGUGGGAAGCCCAACAGAACACGAGUGAUCUGGGGGAAGGUAACGCGUGCCCAUGGAAACAGUGGCAUGGUUCGUGCCAAGUUCCGGUCCAACCUUCCUGCUAAGGCCAUUGGACACAGAAUCAGAGUGAUGUGGCCCUUGGGCCAAAAAGUUUGCCCACUGCUGAUGUAGAAUCAUCAUCACUUCAUGGCAAUGUUAGGCUGGAAGGAAUCUUGAGAGGUCAUCUAGUCCAGCCCCCUGCUCUGGCAGGGCCAAGAGAAUCUAGACCGUUCCUAACAGGUGUUUGCCCAACCUCUUCUUAAAAACCUCCAAAUGCUGAGGAUUCCACUUCCUGCCU